UGAUUGUUAGGAACACAGAAUCAACUUGGAAUCCACGAGUUUCCCAAAUGGAUGGGUUCCCUUUGGUAUAAAAACAAUAGGGGUAAGAAAUCAACAUGGUGGAUUGCAGUCGGAUAAAAUGGCUAAAUAAAUGUUUUUAAUCAAAUGAGAGUAUUUGGUAGAAAUAUAAAGCACGUAGAGUUUGGCUGGAACUCUUGGCGAGGCAAAAGUUGCUGCAUCAGAAUGGCAGGUUCUACAAACAUUGCAAAAAAAGCAAUCACAUUAGAAGACGUGCAAAAUGCAGCYAAAAGGAUUGGUCCAUUCAUYAACCAUACCCCAGUAAUGACAAGCUCCACCCUAAACACUAUGGCAGGACGAUCACUUUUCUUCAAAUGUGAAAAUUUCCAAAAAGUUGGAGCUUUCAAGUUUCGUGGUGCCAUGAAUGCAGUGAUGAAACUAACUGAGGACAACCCUGAAGGGGAUCUUCCAGCAGUGGUUACUCAUAGUAGUGGUAAUCAUGCACAGGCACUUGCUCUUGCUGCCAAAAUAAAGGGCCUUAGGGCCCAUAUUGUGAUGCCUAAYAAUGCACCAGCUGUUAAGAAAGCUGCAGUGAAAGACUAUGGAGCCAGGAUUAUAGAAUGUGGAAUUUCACAGCAAAACCGUGAAGAAGCAGCAAAAAACACUUUAGAGGAAACUGGACCCAACUCUUGCCUAAUCCCCCCUUAYGAUCAUGUAGAUAUCAUAGCUGGCCAGGGUACCAUGGCACUUGAGUUGCUAGAACAGGUACCAGAUCUUGAUGCCAUAGUAGUUCCUGUGGGAGGAGGUGGCAUGUUAAGUGGUAUAUGUGUAGCUGCCAAAGGWUUAAAGCCUGGUAUCAAGAUCUUUGCAGCAGAACCUUUAGAAGCUAAUGACUGUGCUAAAUCAUUUGCAGCUGGUGAAAGAAUUCCUCUUCCAGGGCCUCCUGUGACUGUAGCAGAUGGCUUGAAAACAAGUCUGGGUUUUCUUACAUGGCCUAUUAUUCGGGACAGUAUUGAGGACGUCAUUACUGUCACAGAAAAUGAAAUUAUUUCUGCUAUGAGGUUGGUCUGGGAACGAAUGAAGCUCGUUAUUGAGCCGUCAGCUGCUGUUGGGGUGGCAGCGGUAUUAAAUGAAAAAUUUUGCAGUGACAAAACAAAUGGUGUAACUAAAGCUGGUAUUAUCUUGUGUGGUGGUAAUGUCAAUCUGGAUAAUUUACCAUGGAAUACUAAGUAAUUACAGCAAUAAUAAAUAUUUUAUACA